GUUCCUUGAGCGAGUAUUUGUUAGAGAGUGAACUAAACUGAAUUGGAGGCACCAACAUUGCUACUUCUGCGGCAUUCAGGAAGGACUAAUCAGACAUCAGGUAUGAAAGCAAAUUGGAGUAAUUAGGAGCGAGCAAAACAAAGCUACUUUUUAGAUCUUAUUGGACUGUAUUCAACCUGCCCAUCGCCAUGAUGGUUGUUUCUGGAGGACUAACAUGCCGGAUGUUAUGGCCAAUCGCCGUUUGUCUCCUCGCUUGUGCUCUUAAUGCAGCAGGUCUACAACUAGCUACACAGGCCAGACAGGACCUUAUGAGCCCAGAAGGAACCAAAAUCUUUGAAAUGACCUGCCCCGUGUCAGGGGUCAUGGGUCAAGUUUACUACAGAUGGCAAUACUCACCGGCAAUGCAUCUUACACCUGGAAAUGAGAUUGUCCAAUCACCUCAACAUACUAUACGAUCGGAUUCCUUAAUCAUCAGUGAAGUUACAAAGACAGACGCUGGUUUCUACACGGCCAGUGUUACUGAUAAUUCUAGAAGAAUUGUCAGGUGUAUGUUUCAACUUACUGUAGGAUAUGGCCCAGAGUUAGUUGAUGUUGUUCCAACCACGGUCACAGCCAAUUUCUCUCGUCCAUUUAUCUUGACCUGUCCAGUAAGAGGUGUUCCGUUGCCCCAUGUUAUAUGGAGGAAGAAUGGGCGCACAUUGGCACCCUCGGCCAAUGUCCAAUUCGAUGGUCUCGAUAUUAGUUUUGCAUCCGUCUCUGAUUCUGAUAGAGGUCAAUACCAAUGUUCGGCAACCAACCCUUUUGGAACAGUCACCAGUCCGGUUACUAUAAUUAAUAUUCAAUGGCCGUUGAGGUUUGUAGAGAUUCCUCCAUCAGUAUUGGAUAUGGCAGAAGGGCAGAAUAUAUCGGUGCAAUGCAACGUGACGGGCUUCCCUCACGCAAGGAUACUGUGGUACAAGAUAAAUGGAUCGGAUAGCGAGCAGAUUUCAAACUCAUCGCACAUGGUAAUCACCAACAUGUACUCAGAAAGGGUAUCCUGGUCAAGACUUGAUAUUGACGCCCUCAACGUUAGUGAUAACGGGAUGUAUCGGUGUGAGGCAACCAAUGUCAAUCAACAAAUCAGCACAAACUUUGAUCUUGUAGUGCACGCCCCACCGAGAAUAACUUCUGUACAUCCUGCGAUCAGAACUGUUCACGUGGGGAUGGAAGUUGUCUUUGAAUGUUCGGCCACAGGGUUCCCUCCACCAAAAUUUACUUGGUUCAUGAAUGAAAGAGCCAUACCACGUAUUGGCAACACACAUUUCCAUGAAGGUUGGGAUGGAAUCCUUACAAUCGACAGAGUUAUAGAAGCUGAUGCAGGCAACUACACCUGCCAAGCUUUUAAUGAUAUUGGAUAUGAAUACAGUGAUACAACAAGACUAGAUGUAUUUGGUAUAUACUUCAGGGAAAGAGCGCCACCUGUAGUAGCAGUAGAAGAAGGCAACUCGACAGAGCUUGUGUGUGAUGUUGGCGGUGCCGAUUAUGGUGUUCGAAUUGAGUGGUUUAAAAAUAGAACACCAAUUCAGUCCCAGUGUACACCGCGUCAAGCUGAUAGUUUGCCAAGAUGUAAAUACAUGAUAAUGAACAACACUCUUACUAUUCUGAGGGUUAGUCAGCGAGAUUUAGGGACUUACGUUUGCAGAGCUACGGAACAGGGAAAGGCUGAUCCCGAUGUUAUACGAGCAGAAACCAAAGUGUUAUUUGCAGCUCCCGUUGUUAUCUACCCAAGAUUAAAAGAUGUUCACACAGGGGAUGCAGGCCAACCCUUAACGUUAGAAUGUAAGGCAAAGGGAAGUCCGCCCCCUACUGUUGAGUGGCUGUACAGGGGACUUCAUUUGCUCAACGACUCGCACAGAUUGAUCUCGGGAGGGACUAUAAAGUUUCGACGGCUGAUUGCAAGGGAUAGCGGCCAUUACCUGUGCGUAGCGAGCAAUAACAUCACAGAAGCCAGGCAAGAUAUCAGAAUCAAGGUCAAUAGUGCACCUCCAAUGCUAAAUCUUAAACUGAAGCACUCGGGUCGAUCAGUGACAUUGGACUGGAACGUCGUUGGUAAUGGUGGCUACCCUGUGACGAGUUUCAAAUACGAAUACAGAAUGAUAUCACCGAAGACCGGUAAAUGGUCCAGAGACAAGCUCCCUCCGAACAUGAGAUCGCACACAAUCAAAGGGCUGAGAUCUAACGCUACCUAUGAGCUAAAGAUGUGGGCAAGCAACAAACUUGGUCAGGGAACUAUUCUAAGACAGGUGUUUUCAACCGACUCAUAUGGUGAAGGUGGUCUUAGUAACAUCUUCAGCGGUAUGUCCGAGGAUAAUCUAAGAUUGAUCUAUAUCGGAGCGGGUGUGGCUGGUGGUCUGUUUCUUCUCAUCCUGGUGGUGGUCUUUGCUAUCGCUUGCAAACGUAAACCAGAUCCAGCAGGAAUCAGAAGUGAGUCAAUUGGCAAUGCGGUUCCCAGGGUUACAAUUCAAUACAAAUCUUUCCCAAGUUUUCGCCAGACAGAACGAGCAGAUGGUAUAGAGGAUGGCGAAGCCCUGGUCGACGGCUUCCACGAGUCGCCGUCCCACAUUAAUCCAGCUUACGGUGGAUCAGACAAUAUUACAAGCGAGAAUCUUGAACUACAGGAUGUGAAUCCCUCAGAUAGCAACGGAAUCACUGAUAAAAAUGGAAAACCUAUCGCCGGUACUUCCGACGCCAAUGGAACAGCAAAUGACUCUGGUCUAUAAUAAUUUAUAAAACCUAUAAAGCUAUUGACUAUACGUGUUGAAAAAAGCACCUAGAUAAUGAUCGGCUGUAAGCUUUUGGAAGAAUGGGGGGGGGGGGGGGUAGCGUGUCCGUAGUGAGAAUUCACUCACCAAUGAUAUGUAUUUAUAAGUGGGAUAUUUUGUUCAACUCUGUGCAUUCAGAUUUUCCGAUACCGGGCAUGAUUGCUCAGGGGGUAGAACACCCGCCUCAUAAACGGGAGGUCGUGGGUUCGAUCCCCAACCGAAUCAUAGGCCUACGCAAGACUAGAAAAAAAAUGGGACCUUCUGUCUUCCAGUCAAGCGUAUGCGAAUGAGAAAGGGUAAUAUUAACAUGUUGCGUUAAUUGAGCAGUCUCCGCUGCGCGAACAUCUUACAGCUGAAGUGGCCAACCUGGGUAAAUAUAGGUUCUUCUUAUCCUCCUCCUAACUUUUCUCCUUCUUCUUCUUCUACUACUCAUUCGUGUCAUUACGCAAACGUCAAGUGCAUGAUUUCAAAACUCUUCUUGAAUGCUGUUCGAAUUUCCUUUUAUUAUUCUCAUUCCGGCUGGUCCUGUUAGAUGUGUGGUGUUUAGGCAACAUGGGCCAUGUGGUAUAAAACGUUAUCAUAUGAUUCUCCCUGAAUACGUGCAAUAUGUCUGCAUAUUUGUUAUUGUAAAUUACAUUUGAACAUUUUAAGCGACCAUCGAGAUAAUCUAUGCAUUUAUGUAAAGUAUAAUACCUUAUUUAUGAAGCUUUCAUACCGUCAAUGAGUCGCAUGUAUAUACUUUCAUUUGUUCAUUUUAAAUGAGUUAAUAAUGUUAUUUUAAUGCCUUGUUCAUUAUGUUUGUAUCUUGUAUUUAUUUGUCUGUAAUAAUUGAAGUCAUACGAAGUCGAAGCAAUAUCAAACUUCUUAUUUCAAUACAUUAUUCGUGUUUUUUAAUGAUAUUACAUAUUUUGUACAAUGUGAAUUAAGAAGGUUGAAGUCAAAGUAAACUUUCUAUUAAAAGUCGUUAUUUUUUUAAGUGGAUGGUAUAUUUUUUUAUGGCGAGGUAUUCACAAGGACGAAACCGACCGCGUUAUUUUAUGGCAACAUUUCAGAUAUUAAAUUGUUUUUGCCUUUCCAAAGAGGUGUUUCAGCAUUUUCAGAUUUGUGUACAUUGCUGCGAGGUAUUCUUUCUUAUCUGCUUAUGGCCCACAUUAGUUUUAGCCAGUUAAGAUAUCUAUUAGGGGUAGACUUUUAUCUGGCCAAAAAUGUUUAAAUAGAUCGGUGAAACGAUUCGAACAAACGUUAUUAUUUUAAACUAGAAUCAUUUAAAAAAAAUUCAACAAAAUUAAUAUGUGUUAGGCCAAGAAUAUGUGAUGUUCUCACUAGAAAUUAAGUUGGAAAUAUAUAGUAGUUUGCAAUGAUGAGAAGUUGAUUUAAAGUGGAAACGAAUGUGAAUGAAGAUAUUUCUUGUAUUACGAAUAUGAAUUUAAGAAAAAUAAAUGAGAUACUUUUACAGGAA